GUAGCCCCGGGCUCCUGCCGAGUUCUGGUCCUCUGCGCUGCUCUCAGAGACCUCAAGUGGCUGCCACACAUCUUCUGUGGUUGCGGCCUGAACGUGCCGCGGAAGGGAGUCGUCAUGUGGGAGGCGAACCCCAGGAACCGAGAAAUGGACUCAGUGACCUUUGAAGAUGUGGCUGUGAACUUCACCCUGGAGGAGUGGGCUUUACUAGACCCUUCACAGAAGAAACUCUAUAGAAAUGUGAUGCGGGAAACCUACAGGAACCUGGCCUCAAUAGGUCUGCAUUUCGGGGGAAAAUGGGAAGAUCAUAACAUUGCAAAUCAGUACAAAACCCAAGGGAGAAAAGUAAGAAGUCAUAUGGUAGAAAAACUCUAUGAAAGCAAAGAAGGUAGUCAGUGUGGAGAAACCAUCAGCCAGAUUCUAAAUCUUAAUCUGAACAAGGAAAUUUCUUCUGGCGAAAAACCAUUUAAAUGUAGUGUGUGUGGAAAAGUCUUUGUGCGUCCUUCAUCCUUUAAUAGGCACAUCAGAUCUCACACUGGACACAAGCCUUAUGAGUAUCAUGAAUAUGAAGAGAAGCCAUAUAAAUGUAAGGAAUGUGGGAAAGCCUUCAGUUACCACAAAUCUGUUUAUAGACAUGAAAGGACUCACACUGGAGAGAAGCCCUAUGAAUGCAACGAAUGUGGGAAAGCCUUCACAUGGCUCACAACCUUUCGAAGACAUAUGAUAACACACACUGGAGAUGCUCCUUAUAAAUGUAAGGAAUGUGGAAAAGCCUUUAGUUGCUCCACUUCAUUUCGAGCACAUGAAAGAACUCACACUGGAGAGAAACCCUACGAAUGUAAACAGUGUGGUAAAUCCCUGAGAUCGCCUCUAGGUUUGCAAAUACAUGAACGAAAUCACACUGGAGAAAAACCCUAUGAAUGUAAGCAAUGUGGUAAAGCCCUCAGUUGUCCCAGUUCUUUUCGAAGACAUGAAAGGACUCACACUGCAGAGAAACAAUAUGAAUGUAAACAGUGUGACAAAACCUUCAGUUCUCCUCUAGGUUUACGGAUACACGAAAGAAUUCACACUGGAGAAAAACCCUAUGAAUGUAAGGAAUGUGGUAAAGCCUUCAUUUCUCUCUCAAGCAUUCGAACACACAUGAUAACACACACAGGAGAUGGACCUUAUAAAUGUAAGCAAUGUGGUAAAGCCCUCAGUUGUCCCAGCUCUUUUCGAUCACAUGAAAGAACUCACACUGGAGAAAAGCCAUAUGAAUGUAAACAGUGUGGUAAAACCUUCAGUUGGCCCAGUUCCUUUAGAAUACAUGAAAGAACACACACUGGAGAGAAACCCUAUGAAUGUACAGAAUGUGGGAAAACUUUCAUUUAUCGCACAACCUUUCAAGGACACAUGAGAAAGCAUACUGGAGAGAAACCCUAUAAAUGUAAAGAAUGUGGGAAAGCUUUCAUUUCUCCCUCAAGUGUUCGAACACACAUGAUAGUGCAUACUGGAGACGGGCCGUAUAAAUGUAAGGAAUGUGGGAAAGCCUUCAAUUUUCCCAGUUCAUUUCGAAUACAUGAAAGAACUCACACUGGAGAGAAGCCCUAUGAAUGUAAACAAUGUGGUAGAGCCUUUAGUUGUUACACAUCCUUUCGAACACACGAAAAUACUCAUACUGGAGAGAAGCCUUUUGAAUGUAAAGAAUGUGGAAAAGCCUUCACUUACCGUACUACCUUUCGAGGGCACGUGAGAAUGCACACUGGCGAGAAACCGUACAAGUGUAAAGAAUGUGGGAAAGCCUUUAGUCGUCCCAGUUCCUUUAGGAGGCAUGAAAGGACUCAUACUGCAUAAAACCCUCUUGAAUGUAAACAGUAUGGAAAAAGACAUCAACUGGCCUUCAUUCUUACAUGUGAAAACUCUCACUGGAAGGAAAUCCUAUGAAUAUAAAUAAUGCGAGGAAGCCUGACAUAAAUCAAUCCAUGUAUAAUGUUCCAGAAAACUAACAAGAAAGAAUCAUUAUAAAAGUUAUAAAUAUAUUCCCUUUAUCAGUGCCUCAUUUUUAAAGUGGACUUCUGAAUUGUGGAUGUUUAUUAUUUCCAAAAAUGAACAUUGAGGCGAUCCUCUAAGCAAUACUACAUAAGUUUAAUAGGUAUUUUCUUUUUAAGUUAGUUAAUAACAUUUUUUUCUUUCCAUUUUGAAGACUGAUCUAUAGGUAAAUUGAAGUGUAUUUCUAAUAUACAGGUAGGUUUAAUUUUUAUGUUUCCAUUGUUUUGUAAAUAAGGAGGUAUCAAUAAAUAAAUGUAUGAUAUUUUGGUAUUGGGAUUUUCCUAUUGGCCCCCUGUGCCAAGUACUGUAUAUCCCUUAACCAUUAUACAGGGUCCGGCAGAAGUAAUGCCAUUGGCUGUAGUUGGUAGGGUACAUGAAUGUCUUGCACAGAUGGACAGCAAAUUCAACAUUUGACCUAAAAUGUCAUAUGUUACAGAACUAUAUGCUUAAUGAUUUCGUAAUGAAAGAUUUUGUAAUAAAAAAGGGGCAUUAUCUGUGCCAGACCUUGUAUAGUCCACCUUUCUUAUGAGAAAACCUACUUUUUUUUUUGGCCAGAAGACCAUUAUUCCAUUUUUCUUGCUAAUAAAAGAUGGCAUAAAUUUGUAAAUUUAUCACAGAGUCUGAUGUGAAUGACAGCAUGCAGGGUUUAUGGGUGCUGACCUCCUGCACAGUUGAAAAUCUGAGUAUAACUACAGUCAGCCCUCUAUGUACACUGAUUCCCAGCUGCAGAGCUGAUGUGUGGACUGUGUGGGUCACUUUAAGAAAAUCCGUGAAUAAGUGGAUCUGCGUAAUUCAAAUCCAUGUUGUUCAAGGGUUAACUGUAUUUACAUCUUUGGUUAUUUGCUCUUUGUCAUUCCUUAGGGCUAGGACUGGAAUGAUAGACUUUGCGUUAGGAUAGACCGCUUACUGGACAAUAAAAAUGAAGAAUUGGGGAUAGCUCUUCUAAGUCAUGUUUUGUCACCUGGGUAAUGUGACAUUUUCUAGGAUCUGGGUUUUUUGUUGUUGUUUUUUAAUGGUUCCGUGUUAGAAUUAACCAAAAGCCUUGUUGUGUGAGAUUUGGAAUACAGAAGUACUGGAGUCAUCAGUCAGGUUUUGGAGCUGCCGUACGGGCAGGGAGACAGAGGCACAGAAGCUUAAGGACACCUGCUUCCUGUCUGUUUCCAUGACUCCUUGCUCUGCCAGUCAGGAGUAUCCUCAAAACCACAGUCAACUGCAUGAUUCCCAUUUACUCGGAGAUGUAGGUUUCCACACAUACCUUCCCAAGGUCCACAUGAAAAUCCAUUGUUUCAAUUUUCCUGUAAUCUUCCAUGUGUCCACCAGGCAACUAAUUGUACUUUCAUGGUUUGGAGUAUUCUGAUGCUUGGACUUCUAUCAUCUCUAAAGUGUAUUCAUAUAAGAUCCAAUUAGUAGAUACCUUGUUCUAUUGAUACCGCUAGUGACCAUGUUCCUGGUUCCACUAUGACAGCUGCAGUGGUAUAGUCCAAAAGAACCACGUUGGAGUUUGUUCCUCUACUGCACUGUGUAGUAGUACUUUCUCUAACUAGUUUCAUCCAUGUGAGAAUAAGCACCUUCCUCUAAUCAGGCAAAUUAUGGAUUUUUUCCCAGUGCUCACAGCUGUACAUAAUUCUGCAAAAUGUUUUCAGUUGUGUACUCGUGAUUAA